AUGUCCUUAACCUCCAAAGAAGCUUUUGCCAAGCUCCCCCAAAAAUUACACAACUUUUUCAUAAAGUACCCACCUAGACCCUUUGCCCAGUACGCAUCCAAGCCAACGACGCUUGACCAGGCCGAUGUGAACCCAUUUUUGCCCACCAAGAACCCAGACACUGGUAGAUGGCGUGGUGCCGAAUAUUCGUUGAGAAGGUCUGCAGACUUGUACAAGUUGGCCAAGAAAUUCGGCAUCCACGAGCUCUUACCCCCAAUCCCUCAAAAGAGAUUCCACGAGGACAAAUACUACAACAAGAACUGGAUGAGAGGGGUGUUGAAUCCCAAGAAACCUAAGUGGGAAAGAGAAUUGCCUGAGAAGCUCAGGAAAAGAGAGGAGGCCUUGGCAAACAUGGACGAGACUAUUCUUGCCGCUAGAAGCAAGUACAGAAAGAACAUAGAGAGAAGAGAACAGAACAAGAAGUCAUGGUGGUAG